AUGACGACUAUAUUAUCUUUAUCUAAUUUAUUACUAUUACAAAUCAUCACAGAUAUUGAAGAUAAUGCAGAUAUAAUAUGUUUAUUAUUCACUUGUAAACAGUUGUAUCAAAAUAGUAGUUUAAAGAGAUCGAUUCAGUUUAAAGGAAUAGGUGAACCAAUCAAUACCGAAAAGAGAAAGAUAUCAAAACAGUUUAUAGAAACAGUUAAUCGAUUCAACCUCUACUCUUUUAAAGAUAUAUUAGUGAAUAGUUUGUCAGAUCAACAAGUCAUACUAGGCAAGGACCGUGUUACCGUCUAUGCAGAAAAGAAUAACAGAGUAGAUAAAAGUAACAUUACAACAGUCUUGGUAAAAGAGUACCAACUAGAAACAAUACAGUCAAUCUACCAGAUACCAUCAAUCAAGACACUAUUCAUUAAUGAUCAAACAAAUGAAAAAGCCUAUUUUAAGGUACAUCUUUCCUCCAUCUCACUCUUGCCUAAUCUACAAAGACUCUUUGUUCGUUCGUACGAUUUGGAUAUUGGUCAACACUCAUCACUAAAGUCACUUGAUCUACAUGUCGGAGAACUGUACAAUCUAAGUGUAUUGGAGAACAAAUUCGAAUCACUGACCGAGCUUUGUAUAAAGAGUGAUUUUAUAUCAAGUGGCAGGAUCAAUCUAUUGCCAAGUAGUCUUACAUCACUCACUCUCGAACCUUUGGGAAUACCUCCAAAAAAUGCAUUCCAUUCAUUGACUUUACUAGUGAAGCUUGAUAUCUAUCUAGAUUUUGGCAGUCAGGUCGAAGAACAACCAUGCAUCGAUCUAUUCUGUCUAAACAAACUCGAAACUUUAAAGUUAGGUGGAAAUGACUCUGAGCAUUAUAUAAACUAUAUCAUCGAGAUUCAGUUACCUCCAUCAAUCAAGAACCUUGUUUUAAUCCCAACAUGCAUAUCAAUCCCAUCUGAAUGUCCAAUGCCACUUUUAGAGCAAUUAAAAGUACCACAAUGUCUAUUUACUAAAGGUGGAUUCAGUAUGUCGUCAUCACCAUUGCUCAAGAAACUGGUUAUUGACUCUUGUUUUGAAAAUGUGGAAGCAAAAAUGAUUCCAUCCUCUCUUGAACAUCUUUCAAUCGAUAAAAAUACAGGUGGUGCCAAUAUACUUGACCAAGUUGUAUUCCCUACAACACUUACAUAUCUAUCUUUGAAGGGUAGCUGGAUCGAGACGGUCAAUCCAAAUAGACUUCCAGAAUCAUUGGUCAAACUCAAACAAAAUAUCAAAGGACCUGUACUUCCUACACUACCUCAACAUUUAAAACAAUUCAUUUGGAAGGCACAACCUUAUCUAUACUAUAAACCAUUAUUAGUGUUCCCAUCAACCAACAACUAUCCACCUCAUCUUGAAACACUCAACCUAUUAGAGGUCCACAAAGACUUUACCAUCAAUGUACCACUCAUCACAAAAUAUCUAUUGAUACCUCUAGACGCUGUUCAUUCCACAGAUGACACACAAUUCUAUUCGCUCGGAUCAAAGAUAUCUAAAUCGAUCAUCCUCCAACCACAAUGGUUACCAGUCAAUACUACUCAUCUAACUUGUCAGUUAUGGAACGCAUCAAAAGACAAAAAGUUGGGUUUUAGAUUAGAUGAAAUAAUCAAUCGUACAAAUGUACGAUAUUUAUCGCUCAGGAUGAUAAGUAGACAGAAACCAGCAUCCGCUCCAUUUGAAUUUUCAAUUCAAAGAUUGGAUCCAGACAAUAGAAAUGUAUUGGUAUUGGAAAGACAGUCAUUGACAGGUGGAAUAAUCACUCAAAGAAAAUCAAUCGACAGCGGUCAACAAUAUGAUCCUAUUUAUUUAUAUUUAAAUAGGUCAUUUGGUUGGAGCUUUGGUAAAGAGCACAUUCAAUAA